UGUCCACGCCUUCACCAUGUUUUUUUGUUCUCUCCAGCUACGGCUGCGAGUGACAACAAUAGAAAAUUUGAUGGCACGCGCACGUAUGUAUAUAUAAAGCAUAAACACGUUGCGUCCUCGCGCCCCCCUUUGCAUCUUUUUUCCCCGCAAGAUCCCCGCCUAUACCGCGACGUACUUUCUCCUCACGCUGUGCGCGAGCCUUGUCACCCCUUGUGUGCAUUUUCCACAAAUUUAACUUCGCUUCGCCGUCCUUCUUUUACGCGCUUUUUCCUCUGCUCUUGAUAUAAGCCCGGAUCCGCGAUAACAUUCUUGACUGUCGACAUCCCAUGUCUUACUGCUCAUACCGGUUUUCCCUAUCCCUUCUUGCAUUACUGCCAUUUGUCUCGGGCCAUGGAUAUGUCGCACAAGUUGCAAUAGAUGGCAAAGACUACUAUGGGAACCUCCCCAAUGCCAACCCUGUUCCCAGCAUCGUCAGACAGAUCAAUGAUGUCUCACCAGUGAAGGGCGCUGACAACCCGUACCUCAAUUGCGGACAAGAUGCUCAACUCGCAUCACUUGUCGCCGAUGCUAACCCAGCCAGUCAGUUGCAGUUUUGGUGGAAGGGCGGGGACGGCAGCAACUGGCCCCAUAAUAUUGGCCCCAUCAUGACUUAUAUGGCACAGUGUGUUAACACUACGUGCGAUCAGUAUAACUCAACGAAUGCGGAGUGGUUCAAGAUUGAGGAGACGGGACUGCAGCCAGGUAAUAUGGUUUGGUAUCAGCAAAAUAUCAUGAGUGGUGGCCCAUCGAACGUAACCCUCCCUCCAACACUAGCUCCUGGGCAGUACCUCGUACGGCACGAGAUCAUCGCGCUGCAUCUUGCAACUGAGGUGGGCGGUGCCGAGUUCUACCCUAGCUGUACCCAGGUAAAUAUUCUGGGUGACCAAUCGGGCGUCGCCCCAGCGAGUGACGAUGUCACUUUUCCAGGCGGAUACAGCGAUACCGACCCAGGAAUUUACGAUCCAACAGUUUUCGACACACCCGUGCAGUACACGUUUCCUGGGCCUCCAGUUGUCUCGUUCGCGGCGCAAGUGUCAAAUACUUCGUCACCGACAUCUUCCAAUUCCAGCUCAACCGCUACUGGUACACCCGCGCCCUCUUCAACUGCAUCGGCCGGUGGAGGUGGAAGCCAGUGCAAAGUGAGCACGGCGCAAGCAGCUUUUGCUGUGAAUGCACGUCACCCCCGGAGCGUGUCGAGAGUGAUGAGGCGUUGGUGGGAGGUUUUGACGAGCACUUCGUGAACAGCCUUAAUAUCUCACUGAUCAGAGAGCCAUUACGAUUUUCACGAUACUUAUAUUUGGGGAGACGGAUGUAUUUGGGGAUCGCGGUUUUUAUGUUUUUCUGUUGGCGUUCAUUGCUAUUCUGCGCUCGGGUUACCCAGGUUGUAUCACGUGUGAAGUAGUAACUAGUACCACUUC